GCGCGCCCAGCUCCAGACCCGCCGCCACCACCAUGUCUCUGACCAAGGCCGAGAGGACAAUUAUCACGUCCAUGUGGGGCAAGAUCUCCAGCCAGGCGGACACCAUCGGCACGGAGACCCUGGAGAGGCUCUUCGCCAGCUACCCCCAGGCCAAGACCUACUUCCCGCACUUCGACCUGAACCCGGGCUCGGCGCAGCUGCGCGCGCACGGCUCCAAGGUGCUGGCGGCCGUGGGCGAAGCGGUCAAGAGCAUCGACAACGUGUCGGCCGCCCUGGCCAAGCUGAGCGAGCUGCACGCCUACGUGCUGCGCGUCGACCCGGUCAACUUCAAGUUCCUGUCCCACUGCCUGCUGGUCACCUUGGCUUCGCACUUCCCCGCCGACCUAACGGCCGAAGCCCACGCCGCCUGGGACAAGUUCCUGACCAUCGUGUCCGGCGUCCUGACCGAGAAGUACCGCUGAGGCCGCCGCCAGUCCCCCCAGACACGCUGUGACCCCUCCCUUUCCCUAGAGCCCUCCCACGAUUUCACCCGGGACCCUCAAAUAAACGAAUGGAGACCGA